UAAUGUAAGUAGCAAUAUAAAUAUCUCAUAUUCUGCUUAAUUUUUAGACUUUUAAUUUUUCACAACGAAAUUUUUUUCAAUAAAGUGUACGUGAGAAUACCUUUCUCCCCCUCUGUCUCUCUCCUUCUUCAAUGUAUGUUUUGACAUACUCCUUAAAAAAAAACUAGUUAUAAAUGAGAACAAAGCUUCUUUUCUCUUUCUUUCUCUCUUUUUCUGAUUUUUCUUUUUUGCAAUAUAUAAAAUGACGAAUAGUUGUUGUCAAAAGUAAACAACAUUUAAAUUGCAUUUGAGGAAAUUAACCGUAUCAUAGACAAAGUGUAAUAUAUCUUUUGUUAACCAACCUACUCUUUUUUGUUUGUGGAUGCAUCUUACUUGUCUUUGGUGUAAUGGCAACUCAAUUCAAAUUGACGGAUUCGAUUCUUUAUCCUGUGAAUGUCCUCAAAAUGCUUUCAAUACUAGGCUUGAUUUUAAUCUUUAUUGCAUUGAUUGGUAUUCUAGGCGGCUUUUACAAAGAUAGAAAAAUGAUUCAUGUCUUGUAUCUAACACUGGUUGUUGUAGCUUUAAUUUAUCAAAUUUCAAUUGCUGUUAUUGUGUAUGAUCAAGCAGCACAUGUUCCUAACUGGCUAAAUGAGGGUUGGACUACAUCUACGCAAGACUAUAAACUCUAUGCUCAAAAGAGAUUUAAUUGUUGUGGAUAUGCUUCGGCUAUGGAUCAUCCUGCGCCUUCCUCGGCUUGUUUACCCAGUCCCACUUUUCAUGCUUUACAAGCUUGUCAGAGACCAUUGACGAGGUUUGUUCAGACAACUCUAUCGCGCAUGUAUAUAACCUUGUUUACAAGCUUGGCUAUUGAGCUACUUGCCUUAUGUAACGUAAUUACAUUAUUGUGUACACAUACUUUCUCCAAGAAAAAAAAGAAGUGGAUAAGUCCAGAAUGCAAUCUUUCUGAUGAAACUUUAGUAUCACAAUACCCAGCUACUAAAUCUACUGUAUAUUAAUAAUAAUUUUCUUGUUUAUGUAUAUACUCCUUAUUUCUCUCUUGCGCAUGAUAGGGUUUUAUUUUUACAAAUGUCUAUAGAACUUGUCCUUGUCCUCCCUUUUCUCCUUUUUUUUUUUUUUUUUGUAAACCCCUCUGUAGAAUAAGAAAGAAAAACUUAUGGUUUAAGGAGUACAAUUCUUU